AUGGUGGCGGAUAUGGUGGGGCGGAGGCCUUGCCUCUUGAUUGGCAUCGCAGGGACUGCAGUUGCGCCUGUCCUGCUGGGCCUGGGACAGUCUUUCACAGCCGUCUUACUGUUCCGUGCGCUGGGUGGCUUCUUCUGUGGGAACCAGGCGAUCUUGCGAACCUACCUAGGAGAGGUUGCCAAGAAAAGCAAUGAGGCCAAAGCGUUCAGCUUUCUGGUGCUCUGUUUUGUCCUGGGCCUCAUUGCCGGGCCAUUCCUAGGUGGCUUGGCCUUUCCCGCCCGAUGGGCCCCUGAAGUUUUUGGUGGGACACUCUUCGAGCGCUAUCCAGUCCUCUUGCCAAACCUCCUGUUCGGGGUUGCUGCAGUGAUAGUCUGCAUCAUCGGCCAUGUGUGCUUGGAAGAGACACUGCCAAAGGGCCAGCGCUGCAAGUGGGGUCGGAAGCCUGGGGCCGCUCCGAGCGAUAUGGAGGUGGCAGACCUUGCAGACGCAGCAAGGAGCAGCAAAUACUGCUAUUCCAUGCCUGUUCUGCAGGCCCUUCUAGCCUUUUGUGCACUGGCCGGUGCCGUAGAGGCACAGAACACCUUAGUCAUCUUGGUCUGGCAGUAUCCGGAAUCUUCAGAUGGUUUCGGCUUCAGCCCCCAGCAAGUGUCAAUCGUCCAAGUCUCAGGCGCUUUGGGCCCUGCACUCUGCCACUUGACCUUCUUCCAAAAGCUUGCCAAAAGGGUGGGCUUUGUCCAGGUUCUUGUGCUGGGAUUCGUGCUUAACAGUCUGGCCUACAACCUCUACCCGGUCUAUGGCCUCUUCGUUGAUCCCGCGAAGUAUGGCCUUUGGAGAUACCUUAUCUUGGGCAUUGCAGACUUUGUGGGCAUGAUGGGGACAUUUCUGCUCUUCUCUGCCGUCUUUGUUUUCCUGAACCGAGCAUCAGAAGGGCUGAAUCGCGCGACGGUCAAUGGCUGGGCAAACUCCGGUCGCGCACUGAGCCGUGCGAUCUCUCCGCUCUUUGCCUCAGAGCUUCUUAACGUUUUUGCAGAAUGGCCUCGUGGACGGUACAUGCCCUUCCACAUCACAACUGUCUGCUUGGCCUUGUGCAUUGCCAUCUCAUGGACCGGGCUGCGCAAGCUGAACUAG